AUGUUCCUAUCCACAUCCCUCCCCCUUCUGCCUCCACCGCCAUCAUCUCUUUUCCCCCCAAUAACUGCCCCGGCGUCUGACGCACCUACAUCCACUCCUGCCGCGCAUCACCAUCACCACCAUCGCCGUCAAAAGCACAAUGCCGUCUACAACGCCCGCAACAACACGCUCCUCGCGCUUUCGACCGACGAACGCACCGUCUCGCAGCGAAAAAUGGCCAUCGCCAUGUACGGCUACAGCUGGCUAAAGCCCGCUGGAUGUGCGAAAACGAUGCUCGGUCGUCGCGAGGAGGAAGUGGAACGUGAGGAGGUUGAACGACAGCUACGCGAAGUGGAGUUGCAGGAGCGGCUGGCGCUGGAGACUGAGGAGCAAGAAAGGAUGGCGAGGGCGCAGGAGCUGGGCGAGGUGGAAGAAGGAAGGGACCUGGAUGAGGAUAUCCCGGACGCGGAUGACCCUGAUCCUGAUGCCGACUAUGAGAGUGAAGAAGAAGACGGCGCGGCAGAGGAGGGAGAAGAUGAAGAUGGCAUGGAGAUGGGCAUGGCAGCAGAUCUUGACGACGAGAUCCCCGACGCAGACGAUCAAGAGGCCGAAGACGACGACGAGCCUCUUUCUCCUGUGGGCGCGGAUGGAGGUUGGGUGUACGAUACGCGACGAGAGCCAGAUACCGACGACGAAGACCAACUCCCUCAGCCGUUGCCGCCGCCGAGGCACCGAGAUCGAGGACACGCAAGACACACGACCGUUGCUGGGGUACGAGUCCCCUUGUCGGGAAGCGAAUACGACUACGACGAGCGCGACGCUGAAGAUCUCGCCAACGCAAUGCUCGAUGGAGAUGACAUGUACGAAGCCGACCUCCAUGGACCUGGCCGUAGUACGCUGUCGGGAGACCGUGAUCUCGACGACGAGGUGCCCGACGCAGAUGAUGAUCAAGCAUGGGAACACACGGACACGGAACUGGAGGAGAGCGAGAUGGACAUCUCCAUUCUACCCCAAGCAGCCCAGCCAGGACACGGUCGUCUCAGUGGGGGAGGACAAGAGAGCCCUCAACUUCAUCCUCAAUUCCUGCCGCGGAGCUCAGCUCGUGCGGCAGCGCCACGCUCUUCGGGACCAUGGAUUACAGGCCCCUCGCCUCUCCCCAAUGCGCGUUUCACCCCGGCACAGCGCUCCGUAUCCACGCGGGCCGCUCGAAUCGUCUCCGGAAACAGACAGCGACCUUAUCGUCCCGAUCUUGCUCGUCCAACCACGCGCCAUCAAUUACAGCAGACUCAUACUCCAGAACUGCUCGAUACACCUCCCCUCGCCGCUGAGGCUGGGGUUGAUAUCGACGUCGACCUCGAUCCGGAUGUGGAUGACGAGGAAGUUGAUACUGAUCUUGAAGGCGAAGAUGCCGGCGUUGAUAUCAACACACCGGACCCGUUUGCCGCCCCCGAGCAUGCACGUGCCCCUGCGCAGGCGGGAACCGGAGAUCAAGGAAGACAGCUCCGUGCGCCAGCUAUAGGAGUACCUCGUGCGCGAGGACAGGGAGGCAGAGGCGGUGCGACUGGCGCCGGCAAUACCAGUCCAAGCCGCGCCGCUGCGGCGCGGAAUUGGCUCGACGGCGCGGCCGCCACUCUGGGCGUUGGUGGCUCCAGGGAUGGGAGUGCGAGUGCGAGGACGAGUACGAACGUCGGGGCGAGGAGGACGUUAUUCCAGCGGGCUACCCGUCGACGCAAUGCUGGCGCCGGGACAGAUGCCGAUGUUGCGGCCGAGCUGCAGACUGGAGGACCGGCGACGUCCAGCGGUGGCUUGUUUUCUUCGCCCAACGUAGCCUCCAACGGCGGCGACGGAGACAGUGGAGGCGCUGGCGGAGGCGGAGGCGGAGCGGGUGGAGGAGAGUGGGACACCCCGGAAAGUGCGAGCACGAGUGCACCUCCGGGACAGACUCAAGACCAAGGCAGAAGAGUCGGCAGACGACGGAGUGGGCGAUUCUUGGCCGGCAGAAGCCGGGCGGCCGAGUAA